UUCGUUUUGAAGAAGAAAUUGUAAUAAUCUUCGUUGUAUCUGAAGUUUCUAAGUGGGGAAUAGUAUAUUCACACGAACUUGAACUAACCGUAAGAUCGUCGAUAAGUUGUAGGAAAUAGACGAGAUCAAUUCAGACCGAUUGAAAGUUUCAAGUGAGGAGUGAAUCGAAGAGGAGUUGACAAUGAAGCUGUUAUCAAUUGUGCUCCUUUGCACGAUACUGUCUGUAUGCCACGGAUACAGGAUACUAGGGGUGUUUCCCUUUAAUGGAAAGAGUCAUUUCAUGAUGUUCGAACAGCUGAUGAAGGCUCUGGCUAAAAGAGGCCACCAGGUAGACGUGAUCAGCUCGUUUCCUUUGAAGAAACCGUAUCCGAAUUACAACGAUACGAUAGUACUGAAGGCGCCAAGGGAGUUUAUGAACAAUAUGACUUAUGAAGAUGUGACUAUAGUGUUCAAAGAUUCACCUGCUUUCGUUGUGGCUACAUUGGCGGGGAAUGCUGUUUGCGAGCAUCUGAACGAUCCAGGGAUUCAAGAUCUUAUACACAAUCCGCCUAAGAAUCCGCCCUAUGAUGUAAUUGUGAUGGAGAUAUUCGGAGCACACUGUUUCGCGAUACUAGGCGAAGUUUUGAAGGUACCAGUGAUCGGUGCUAGUUCAUCCGCUCUUUAUCCAUGGACUUAUGAUUUUAUCGGAAAUCCGGGGAACUAUGCGUUCGCACCGAGCAUUCUACUCUCCUAUCCACAGAACAUGAACUUCUGGCAGAGGACGUACAAUUUCGUGUACACGUUGUACAAUAAAUGGGAGUUCAUGUCCGCUUCCAGCGAACAGACGGAGUUGUUGAGGAAGUACGUGAGCCCUGACGCGCCUUCCGUCAGGGAACUCGAAAGAAAAAUAGCUAUGAUACUGGUGAACUCGCACAUGUCGAUGAACGGAAUCAAGGAAUCAACGCCGGCAUUUGUCGAAGUUGGAGGACUGCACGUGCAGGAAGAAGGAGUAGAAAUAUCUCCCAGCUUAGAGAAAUGGAUGAACGAGAGCACGAACGGGUUCAUCUACUUCUCGUUUGGCUCGAUGGUCAAGAUCGAGUCCUUCCCAUCUCGUCAUCUCGAGAUAUUCUACAAUUCUCUGGAAAAGAUAGCACCUGUUCGCGUUUUAAUGAAAAUAGCGAACCCUCAAGAAUUGCCACGUGAUUUGCCGAAGAACGUCCUCGCUUUACCGUGGAUUCCACAAGUCAAAGUUCUCAAGCACCCGAACGUGAAGGCAUUUAUCACACACGGCGGGCUUAUGGGCACCCAGGAAGCCAUUCACUACGGUGUCCCUCUGAUCGGUAUACCGUUGUUUGCCGAUCAAUUUAUCAAUAUCGACACCUAUGUCCGGAACAACAUCGCGGUAGGAUUAGAUCUGAAGACCUUGACCCAAGAGAAAAUGGAUGAAGCUUUGAAUGCCGUUUUAAACGACCCCAAAUACCGGGACACGAUGAGAAAAAUUUCGAAAAGGUUCCUGGAUCGACCGUUAUCUCCAGCGGACACUGCAGUUUAUUGGGUCGAAUACAUCAUCAGACACGGUGCGAAUGCACUCAGAUCGCCUGCAAUGGAUUUGACAUGGUGGCAAGUGGAGUUGUUGGACGUUUGCGCGUUCCUUCUGAUCGUCGUGCUCGGCGUGCUCUAUCUUUUAGCGACCGUCGUGCAAUUCAUGUUUUAUUUAACCAAUUCGAGCCAGCACAGUGUGCCGCGCAAGAAGAAGGCCGCUUAAGGCUUCUCGAAUCAGCGAUUUUUAGGGAGCACUUGCUGAAGAGCGCAGAGGAUUUUUGUGACAAAAACCCCGAAAUUUUUGAAAUUCCUG